UUUUAAGACAUUUCUCACGUUAACGGCGGGGUAGUUGUUCGUUUAUUAUCAGAUUUAAAUCCGGUCCGUGUGUCAUGCUGUUUUCAGUCUAUCUCAGACUGAAUAUAAGAGCUUUAUUGUUAUUAUUAGCCUGCUAGCAGCUAACAGCUAACAGCUAACGGUUCAAACGUCGAACAGUGUGAUCGAUGGAUCUUCAGUCUACCAGGACGGAGGCGGUGAAGGAGGGAGGAGAGGAGGAGGAAGGAGGAGGAGGAGGAGGAGGACGACAGAAGGCAGGGAUGAAGAGGAGACAUGAGGAAGAGGAAGAGCAGAGCCCACCCACCAAGAAGCUGGUAGAUUUACAGAAGGCAGGGAUGAAGAGGAGACAUGAGGAAGAGGAAGAGCAGAGCCCACCCACCAAGAAGCUGGUGAUCGAUCACAGCGUGAAGGUGGCGAGUCACUACAACCGCCUUCAGGAAGUCGGUCUGGCUGCACGAAGUCGAAGCAGAAUCUUCUUCAUGAGGAACUUCAACAACUGGCUGAAGAGCGUCCUGAUUGGUGAGAUCUUGGAGCAGGCGCGGGAGGCGGGGUCUCAGCAGAUCUCUGUUUUGGACCUCGGCUGUGGGAAAGGAGGAGACCUGCUGAAGUGGAGGAGGGGAGGAAUCAAUCACCUGGUCUGUGCAGAUAUUGCCGGCGUGUCGGUGGAACAGUGUCAGAGUCGCUACGAAGACAUGAAGAGGAAAAGUCACGUUAACGAUAAAAUCUUCAGCGCCGAAUUUAUCCACGCCGACUGUACCCAGGACGGGUUUUCAGAGAAGCUGAAGAACAAAGAGCAGAUGUUUGACAUCUGCAGCUGUCAGUUUGUUUAUCAUUACUCGUUUGAGAGCGAACAGAAGGCCGACAUGAUGCUGAGAAACGCCUGCGAGCGCCUGAAACCUGGAGGUUUCUUCAUCGGAACGACGCCAGACGCCUUUGAACUUGUUAAACGUCUGGAGGCGUCGGACUCUCUGUCGUUUGGUAACGAGGUUUUUAAGGUUUCCUUCCAGUCCAAAGGGUCCUACCCUCUGUUUGGAUGUCAGUAUCACUUCAGCCUCGAGGACGUUGUCAAUGUUCCAGAGUCCCUUGUCUACUUUCCUCUCUUCCAACACAUGGCGAAGCGUUACAACAUGCGUCUGGUGAUGAAGCAGCGGUUCUCUGAGUUCUUUGAAGAGAAAGUGAAGAAGGAACAGCAUCGCAGCCUCAUGAUGAAGAUGAUGGCUCUGGAGCCGUUUCCCUGUGAGGACGGAGGUCAACAGGCUACAGACAGCAGAGAGGAGUACUGCCAUGCCAAAGAGCACAGCAGCAAAGACGGAGUCAAACUACCACUGGGAACUCUGAGCAGAUCUGAGUGGGAAGCAGCCGGUAUCUACCUGGUGUUUGUCUUCCAGAAGAUGUCCUGAUGCUGAAAACAACCUGUUCUUCUCUGGUUUGUGAUGUCCCCGGCUGCUCACCAGCGUUUACCUUUUUUUCAUUGUCAUUUUUGAUAAACUGUGAACUGUGUUUGUGUUUGUUGUUGAAAUGAAUUAAAACUAAAUUCAAACUCUG